GACGGAGCCGGGUUUGCUCUCCUUCCCGGAAUGUGAGGCUCUGGGUUCGGCAGUGCACAGCGUUCGCCCCGGUCUUCCCGGUAUCCCGCGGCUGCCGUCGUCGCCGGUGCUCGGUUCGCGCGCGCACGCGGAGGCCGGGCGGCCGGGGCCGUGAGGCGCGCGCUCGCGUGGUCGCCGCCCCUCGGAAGCCUCCGGGGCCGCACACGGGUUCGCUACGGAGGGAGGCGGGGGCCUGCGGGAGGAGGCGGAGGAGGAGCGAGGGAAGAUGGCGGCCGUGGAGCUCGAGUGGAUCCCCGAGACGCUCUACAACACCGCCAUCUCCGCUGUAGUGGACAACUACAUCCGCUCGCGUCGCGACAUCCGCUCCUUGCCGGAGAAUAUCCAGUUCGACGUUUACUACAAGCUUUACCAACAGGGACGCUUAUGUCAACUGGGCAGUGAAUUCUGUGAAUUGGAAGUUUUUGCUAAAGUUUUGAGAGCUUUGGAUAAAAGACAUUUGCUUCAUCAUUGUUUUCAGGCUUUGAUGGAUCAUGGUGUUAAAGUUGCUUCUGUCCUGGCCUACUCAUUCAGUAGACGGUGCUCUUACAUAGCAGAGUCAGAUGCUGCAGUAAAGGAGAAGGCCAUCCAGGUUGGCUUUGUGUUAGGUGGAUUUCUUUCCGAUGCAGGCUGGUACAGCGAUGCUGAGAAGGUUUUUCUGUCUUGCCUUCAGUUAUGUACUCUACAUGACGAGAUGCUUCACUGGUUUCGAGCAGUGGAGUGUUGUGUGAGGUUGCUUCAUGUGCGAAAUGGAAAUUGCAAAUAUCAUCUAGGUGAAGAAACAUUCAAAUUAGCUCAGACAUACAUGGAUAAGUUAACAAAGCAUGGCCAGCAAGCAAACAGAGCUGCUCUCUAUGGAGAACUAUGUGCACUUCUAUUUGCAAAAAGCCACUAUGAUGAGGCGUAUAAGUGGUGCGUUGAGGCAAUGAAGGAAAUUACAGCAGGCUUGCCAGUCAAAGUUGUGGUGGAUGUUUUAAGACAAGCUUCUAAGGUGAAUAUGAUGUCUAAAAAUAAAAUGUUUUUAACAGCAGUCUUUGAUAACAGGUGUUAUCUUCACAGAACCAGGUUGUUGUGGGGUGACUUUCAGGUUCUGCUCUUGUUUAACUCCAGCAUGACUUCCCAUUUGAAAUUUAAGGGAUUAGGUACAGAGAAUGUGAGGAUAGUUAAUUUAACUUCAGUAGUAUACAAUAUUACUAAAUGUCUAUGGUUCUUUCAGGCAGCCCUUGACAUUCGACAGUCAGUGUUUGGAGGCAAAAAUAUUCAUGUAGCAACAGCUCAUGAAGAUUUGGCUUACUCUUCCUACGUUCACCAGUACAGCUCUGGGAAGUUUGACAAUGCCCUAUUUCAUGCAGAAAGAGCCAUUGGUAUCAUUACCCACAUCCUACCUGAAGAUCAUCUUCUUUUGGCCUCUUCAAAGAGGGUGAAAGCACUUAUCUUAGAGGAGAUUGCAAUUGACUGUCAUAACAAGGAGACGGAACAGAGGCUGCUUCAGGAAGCACACGACUUGCACUUGUCUUCACUGCAGCUAGCUAAGAAAGCUUUCGGAGAAUUUAACGUACAGACUGCAAAACACUAUGGUAACCUCGGAAGACUUUACCAGUCAAUGAGAAAAUUUAAGGAAGCUGAAGAAAUGCACAUAAAAGCAAUUCAGAUUAAAGAGCAGCUUCUUGGUCAAGAAGAUUAUGAAGUCGCCCUUUCAGUGGGACAUCUGGCAUCUUUAUAUAAUUACGACAUGAAUCAAUAUGAAAAUGCUGAGAAAUUAUAUUUGCGAUCUAUAGCAAUUGGGAAGAAACUGUUUGGUGAAGGCUACAGUGGACUAGAAUAUGAUUACCGAGGCCUCAUUAAACUUUACAACUCCAUUGGAAAUUAAGAGAAAGUAUUUGAGUAUCACAAUGUUCUGUCUAACUGGAAUCGGUUACGAGAUCGACAGUAUUCAGUGACCGAUGCCCUUGAAGACGUCAACAGCAGCCCCCAGUCCACCGAAGAAGUGGUGCAGUCCUUCCUAAUGUCUCAGAAUGUUGAGGGACCAAGCUGCUGAGGGACAGCCUCAGCUAACAAUUACCUUUUCCCAGAUUCCGGGGAAUUCAUACUGUGAAAUCAAAACCAUGUUGUUUUGGGGCUGGUAUUUGCAUUGAAACACUGGUCCAGUCCAUUGAAGACCCUAUUUAGGGUAGUCCUGUAUUGCAGUUCCUGUAGAAUAAGCAUAUAUUGAGUUAUAUCAGCAUGUGCCGCGUGUAUAAGUAGUCCCACAUUCUCACCCCAUUAGAACAACAGGAAACCUUUUUCCCCUUUUUAAAAAAUAAUUCGUUUUUCAAAAAGCCUGAGAGAAAAAAGAACCCCUAAAUAAAACUAUUUAAGAGUUUAAAAGAGUUGCAUUCUUAUUAUGUAAGGAUGGUUUUAACAACUUUUUAACAUAAUUCUUCCAUGUGGAGGUAUUCGAUACUGUAUUGUAAAGAAAUUUUAUGGAAGACUCUUUAUAUGAAGUAUAGAAAAGUAACACAGGUACUCAUAAAGGGAGCAUCCUGAUGGAGGUUUGGCCAUCUCCCCAGAUCAGUGCGUACAGCCAUUCCAGAACUGUUUGAAGGAAGACGUCAGAUUCACCUGACUGGACCAGGGCUGCUCUGUCAGUCAACACCAGGUGGACCAGCAGCUCAGCUCUUACUCUUGUUUCUGGUACAGCGGUGGGCUGCUCUAACAGUGUUUGCUAACAGGACCAGGAGGCUCUGAGAGGACCAGGCACCUGUGGAAGGUGGUUGUUUGGACCAGGGGCUUUAGAUUAUUAUUUUAGUCACUGCACUUGCCUUUUCCAAUAGAAUAAUUUCAUUUAGAUAGAAUGCAAAGUAUUAAUGCAAGAGUUUUGUUUGUAUCAUAGAUACCAAACUGGGAUUUAGGCAAUGUCAGCGGCAAAUUUUUAGUCAAGGUACAUAGAUGGCAGUGUCAUCAGCAAGUCUCUAACUGCUGUGACCACCCCAGUUUUAGUCUUGUCCAGUGCUCCAUGUUGCAUACUGGCUGAGAGUCGUGAGCUAACUCAUGCUCAGACGAGAAUUCUAGGUUUGCUCUGAGGGGAUUAAGACGAAUGAAUGCACAAGAAAAUGCAUAAGUCUUAGAAAAUCCUUCAUUUUUAUGGGAAAUAAUAGUACAGCUAGUCAUUUUAACUGAAACCCAGAGUCAAGUGGAAAGAUCCUCCAACUACAAUGUCUGAUUUUCUAAUUUGUUAAAGCUAGCCAGGUUGUUUAACGUGGAGCUAAUACUCAAUUCCUAAGUUGUGAUAUAUAAUAAAAAGAAACAAAAAGGUCUCUUGCUUUUACCUCAAUUCUUAGCACAGUGGCCCCUCUGGUGCCUCUGUAGUUAAGAGUCUGGGUUUCUCCCCUAUUUUCAGGGGGUCCUGACUUGGCCAUUAGAUACACUACUCCUGGCAAUGCUUGGGGUAGUAUGUAGGUUGAGUGGAUGUGUGUCAAAUUCUGUUCUUUUAGCAUGCUUGUUGGGUAAGGGGGAAACAACGUUAUCUUGUAGAGUCCAGAAACAUUAGAGACGUCAGGAUUUUCUUAAACCUCUUUUUUUUUUUUAAACUUUCCAGUUUUAACUUUGUUUGAAACUGCUCUUUGCAGUCUUAAUAAUAAGCCAAUGUGUGUAGUCCUUAGGAAGGAACCUACUGAGGGUGUGUCUGAGUAGGUAAGGCAAGCUCACACCCUGAGAUAACAGCUUUGGGUUCAGAGAUGUGAAUUUAUUUAUUCCUCUAACUAAAUUUCUUUAUAAAUUCUUCAAAAAAUAAACGAGCACCCUGUAGUUCAUGCAGCUCGUCCCUCCCUGGUAACGCGGCAUCUCUAAGUUUCUCAACUCCAGCCGCACGGGCCUGUAUGUUCAGUACCUCCAAAGACAUUUUCAAGAUAGGCUUUGUAUGCUUUUAUUGGCUAUUUAGAGCCCUGAGGUAUGUGUGUGGUAUAGGAAUGUCUUGCUAAAUUGUUUUCAAUAAAUAUUUUGAAACUUAAGUUUCCACAUGAAUUAUUUUUAUUUAAUCUGAAUUUUUGGUGUUAUGCAUAUACAGCAUUUUGUAUAAUCAGAUAACUUAAAGACUCAUACCCCCUAACACAGUUUAAACUUAGCUCAUACUUGGUGAUAUAGUAACAUGCUAGUUAGAAGCCUGUAGUCACAGGGCUAUAAUGUCAGAUGACAACCAGCCGCCACCUCCAGCAUCGUUCUUGUCAAGUUUCUCCAUCUUACCAUUCCUUUAAUAUAGUUAUCUGUAAGUUCAGAAAAAUCUAAUGCUACAUUCUAGCAAUCUGUUUUGUUUUUUGAGUUUUUUUAUUUGGUUUGGUUUUUUUUUUUUUUCCAAGACAGGGUUUUGUGUGUGUGUGUGUGUGUAGCCCUGGCUGUCCUGGAACUCACUCUGUAGACCAGACUGGCCUCAAACUCAUAGAUCUGCCUGCCUCCCAAGUGCUGGGAUUAAAGGCGUGGCUGCCGCCACCUGGCACAAUCUGCCAUCUUAAGUGGUGUGAUUUGAUAUGUUCUUAUUCUGCUGAAAAAGUAAUGCCCUAAUAAUGUCAAGCGGAGGACUUAGCCUUCUAUCAAGAAUGUUUAGAAUAAGGGAGAGGAAAGCCACCAUGAUUUGACUUUUAAAAUAAAGUGGGAUGUGAUAGCGCGUCUAUACACUCAGUACUCAGUACACUGAGUGAGGCAGAGAGAUUCUGCCUCAAACAAAAAUCUCAAAGGAAAAACUUAAUAUUUACCUCACAGUAAUCAAUGACUUGCAUGUAAUUUUCAAUAAGGGCCUAUACUCUCACCCGCCCCUGAAUCUUAUUACUCCUAAAGCUUGGUGCUACUCCAUUGGCGGCGUUGGGGGCUCAUGCAUAUGACACAGGUGGGUCACUUACAUUCAGUUUACUAGCGCCAGCUGGGUUUUUAGUUCAUAAUAUUUAUGGGUCCUCAGACUAGACAUUGCCCUGAGGAUUUGGACCCUUUCUCCAUCAAGUCUGCAUUCUUUUUCAAAAAGCAACUCACCAAUCCCCUGCCCAGGUAUUCCUGCAUUGUCAGAAUAAACGAUUUAAAUAAAGACCUUGUACUAUACCGUGAAAAGACUUCAUAGUCUUGUGAACAUUAAGUACACGAGGCUGUAAGUGGUGGCACAAGCUUUCAUCCCAGCUGCUCGGGAGGCUGAGAUGAGCCAGGACAACCUAGUGAGGCCCUAUCUCAAGAAACAAACGCAAGAGCAGCAGCUGCAAGCUUGAUGUCUUGACCCUACAGUUGAACGUAGCUUUAUGGUGCAGACAGCUGACCUAAGGAUGAUGCAAGCUUUGGCCAAAACUGCAAAUCCUAAGGCUGCUUUGCUAAGUAACAGGUGUUAACUGCCACUUUUUAAAAUAAGUUUCCCCCUAGGGUUUUUAGCCUUGCUGCUUCCAAUCUUUUUCUGGAUGGCAGAGUUACUACUGGAAAAAUUAUUUAUAAUUAAUGUUUUUUUUAAGAGUUUUAUUUUUGUUUUAAAGAUUAACACUUCUUUCACCUCUUGGCUUUAGAGGACUUCAGAUUACCUGGACAGAAAGAUUUAUUUUGAGUAGAAAUUUGAAUUAGUCUACAGAUUUUAACGUUAGUCGUUCCUUUGUCCCCAGAUCUCAGGAAUGUCUUAGGCAGAGUAGGCUUCUCCCUGGUGGUGACUGAAGGCGUGUGUUUCAGGAUCUCUUCUGUAGCACUGUUGUUAACUGCGGUGCUAGGUAUCUAUAGUAUGAGUGGCCUUAACGUUUGCUGGAGUGCACAGAGUACAGUUUGAGAUUAGAUAUACAUGCUGUGUAUAGGUAUCUAGAAAACUCAGUUGUGGUGCACAAAGUGUUGGAUCACUGAAUCGCAGGUACCAUUUGUAUAACAGCACUCAUUUCUGUAUAUUCCUUUUAUGGGAAAAUAUGUUGCCAUGGUGACUAAAAACCUUUCUAUUUAGUUUUACUUUUAUUAUGUGAAUGAAUGCUACAUUUUAUUAAAUAUUACCAGGUCAGUACUAUUUUUAUACCUUAUUAAGCAACAGGGGUUUUAGUUUAAUAGGCGCAAAGAAAAUCACUAACAUUCUUUACAGGAAAAUCCCCACUACUCGUGCCACAGGGAUUUCUCUAGCUAUCUAAGGUCAUUAAUAGAUGGAGAAGACAGUUCAUUGAGUCAGAAAAACCUUUCAUAGCAUUCUCACCUACUUGUAGCACCCACUGUUAUUUGUAACUAUGAAACCACACUAAGUAUGUUUGUAACCAGCAUUGUGAUAUAUUCUGUACUUGUAUUGCUAAAUGAAUUAUUGACCUAAUAAAUAGUGUCCCUGCA